GUUUAGAAGUUUGUCCCAUCUCAGCCUUGAACUCAGCACCACAGCUCCUCUGGUUUGAGACCGGGAGGGUGCCUGUUUCUUUCUUUCUCAACCAUUUCCCCUCUUCAUUCACGACCUCUCUCUGUCUCUCUCUCUGCAUCUCUUAUCAGUGGCCUUAUUACUGCUUUGCUCAGCUACCUUCCUUCGGGGGGUGCUGGAAAAGCCAGCGAAGGGAAUUUACCAGGAGGAUAAUGCCCAGUAGUCUAGUUCUCAGUCGUUUUACAUAACUGAUAUCAUUUUUCCUCAAAAACGAAUCCAGUGGAGUACAGCUACUUCAGCUCAGGGUGCCUUCUUAGUUUCUUCUGAAGAUGAGGAGUCAUCAUUUGCUACCGCUACAUGCUCUUCUGGUCGUCCUGCUUGCAGGACUUCUUCCUAAACUCGAUGCCCAGGAAGAUGAAGAUUGUGCACAAGGUUUGGCAGCUGAUAUGUACUUUCUAGUGGAUUCAUCAUGGAGUAUGGGUCAAGAGAACUUUGAGCAUGUCAGACACUUUCUGUACACCUUGAUACAAUCUCUGCACCAGGUCGGAGGAGAAAGGUUUAAAUUUGCCCUUGUACAGUACAAUAGCAGGCCUCACACUGAGUUCCAGCUCAACAGCUACAAAACUGCACAGGGAGUCCUGGCACACAUCAAGGCUAUGUCUUACCGUGGUGGGGGCACGCGGACUGGCUUGGGUUUGGAUUUUCUGAUACAUACACAUUUGACUGCUGCUUCGGGCAGCCGUGCUGCUGACGGAGUCGCCCAGGUGGUGGUGGUGCUAACAGACGGCCGCUCGCAGGAUGAUGUUGCCGAGCCAGCUCAAGUGCUGCGGAUGGCAGGCGUGGAGAUGUUUGCAGUUGGAGUUCAGGAUGCAGUGGACUGGGAGCUCAGGGAGAUGGCUAGCCAACCUCAAAGCACUCACGUUUUCAGUGUAGACACUUUCCCAGCCUUACAGAGUAUAAUUCAAGAUUUAGUUGUGGGACUUUGUGAUGCAGUGACCCAGUCAGGGGGGUUUCCUGUGGCAAAUGAGGCCCCUGUGGCUGGAGGAGGGACAGCACAAGACACAGCUGACCUAGUACUGUUAAUUGAUGGAUCACAGAACAUUGGAGCAGCAAACUUCCCCUAUGUGCGUGAAUUGGUUUUGAGAAUCAUUGAGCGCCUUGAUGUGGGCAGGGACACUGUUCGGGUGGCCUUGGUCCUGUACAACAGCAGCCCAGAGAUAAAGUUCUAUCUAAAUAGCUUUUACAGCAAAUCAUCACUCCUGGAUGCUGUGAAAGCCCUCACCUACACAGGGGGCGAUGAAUCUAACCUGGGGGCUGCCUUGGAGGAAGUGGCCGAGAGCCUUUUAAGUGAAACAUCUGGGGGCAGGGCUGACGAGGGUGUGCCCCAGAUGUUGGUGGUUAUCACUGCUGGGCCAUCCACUGAUGAUACUGGUGCUGGUGACCGAGCUCUUAAGAGGGCCAGUGUUAUCACAUUCGGCGUGGCGAUUGGUGACACUGCCACUGCAGAUCUGGAAACAAUUGCUACAGAUAUAAGUUUUGUCCAGUCAGCCUCUGAUGUCAGAGAAGUUGCAAACAUUGGUGACCAACUGCUUCCACUCAUUAACGGGGUGAUCCAGCGCACUAUUAUAGUUCAGAAUGAGUUCACAGAAGUUAUUCAGUCAAAAACAGUUGGAAAUCGAGACAUCAUUUUCCUUAUUGACGGUACAAUGGGAACAGCAAACAUUAACAAUGUGCGGAAUUUCAUCAGAGAGUUUGUGGAAAGCAUGCCAAUUGGUCCAGAUCAAGUUCAAUUGGGUAUUGCACAGUUUUCUGCUUCCCCGAGAGUUGAGAUGGAUCUCAACACCCAUGGGACCAAGGAGAAAAUCAUUUCUGCUUUGAGUACUAUCAAACCAAGACCAGCACAGGUAGUCAACAUCGGAGCAGCCUUGAACUUUGUCCGGGAAAGAAUGUUGCAGCCAGAGAAGGGCAGCCGUAUUCAGCAGGGUGUACCCCAGCUUGUAAUGUUGUUAACCAGCAAAAGAUCCAGUGACAGCGUGGAAGAACCUGCAAGUGCCCUGAGGGAACUAGGUGUAUUGACCUUGGCUGCAGGCGCAAAGGCAGCUGAUGAGCAGCAGCUGAAGCUGAUUGCCAUUAGUGACGAUGCUGUGUUCUACGACAAGGAUAUACGACCACUGAUUAGAACCAAGAAAGAGAAAAUGAUAAGUGCUCUUUCUACUUUAGCUGGAGGAGUACCCACCACAACAGUGACGGAGGAAACCAUAGUGGAGACUACAAAAAUGGUCAGAGACAUUGUCUUUCUUGUGGAUGGCUCAAACUAUGUUGGAAGCAGUAAUUUGCCCUAUGUGAGAGACUUUAUGAUCAAUACGAUCAACCAACUUGAUGUAGGUCCUGACAGGGUCCAGGUUGGUCUCCUGCAGUUUGCUGACCGUCCAAAAAUAGAAUUUUACCUGAGCAACUACAGGACCAGGGAAGAGGUUGUAGAAAAAAUCUCUCAACUCAGGCUGACCGGAGGCUCAGCUGUGAAUACAGGAGCUGCCAUGAAUUAUGCCCUGGACAACAUGUUUCACUCAUCAAGGGGGUCACGCAGAAGGCAAGGAGUCCAGCAGGUGUUGGUUCUGAUCACAGGUGGUCCACCCCAAGAUCAGGUUAAAUCUGUGGCUGACAGGUUGGCUCUGGCUGGUGUUUUGACUUUCACCGUCAGUUCUGGACAAGCAGAUGAGGCCCUACUCCAGAAUGUUGCCUUUGUUCCAACUUUGGCUUUCCAUGCAAGAAGCUUCUCUGGUUUACCAGGCCUUGCUGAACAAAUCAUGCCAGAGUUGGUAACAGUGGUUGGCGAUACCGACGUGGCAGUAUUCCAAGAGGAAACUGUUGUUGGAGCUGAAAGAGAUGUUGCUUUCCUCAUUGAUGGCACAGAUCGAGUUCAAGCAGAUUUUGCCUACAUAAAGGAUUUUAUCAUUAAAGUAAUCGAACCACUUGACAUUGGAGAUGACAAGGUACGAGUUUCAGUGGUUCAACACAGUGAAAGGCCAACUCUAAGUUUUUACCUUAACACUUAUAAAACCAAAGAUGAAGUGAUAAGAGCUGUCCAAGGACUCAGAGUGACUGGUGGACGUAGUUUAAACACAGGAUCCGCUCUGAGAUUCAUGAAAGACACCAUCCUGUCUGGCAGUUAUGGUGGUCGUGCUGCACAAAAUGUCCCUCAGUUUCUGAUUGUUUUGACUGGAGGCCGAUCUACGGAUAAUGUAAGGGAACCCGCUGGAGCACUGAAGACAGAUGGAGUUGUACCGUUUGGUGUUGGUGUCAAGGACGCAGACCCAAAGCAGAUUGAGGCCAUCUCGCACAACCCUUCUUUUGCCUUCAACGUUAAGGAAUUCAGUGAGCUCAGCACCAUACCGCAAAGACUGAAUAAUUAUGUGAGCCUACCAAGGGAAGAGUUAGAGGUCGUCCUACAGCAAGAAUCUCCUCAAAGAGACAUAGUAUUCCUUUUGGAUGGAUCGGAUAAUACACAAAGUGAGUUCCCAGCAAUAAGGAGUUUUGUGGAACAAAUGGUAGAAACACUCACAGUUGAUGAGAACAGAGAUCGUAUUUCUGUGGUUCAGUAUAGCGGAGAUCCACAGACACAUUUCAAUUUGAACACCUACAUGGCAAAACAAGAUGUUCUCGGUGCAAUCCAACGUUUGAACCACAAAGGAGGCAUAUCCCUCAACACUGGGGUAGCUCUUGACUAUGUAAGAAAAAAUGCUUUUGCCGAGUCCUCGGGUAGUCGGCAUCAACAAGGUGUCCCUCAGAUAUUGAUUCUGCUGAGCGAUGGAAGAUCUCAAGAUGAUGUUGCAAGUGCUGCUGCUGCUCUAAAACAGGAAAAAAUUGUUCCAGUCUGUGUGGGUACCAGUAAUGCAAACAUACUUGAGCUCCAAAUGAUUGCACAUGACCCUUCCUAUGCCUUCUCCAUAACUCAAUUUGAUGAUAUUGAGAGAAUGAAUGAUCAACUUGUGUCACUUCUAAAAAGGGUUCCUCGGCAGCAGCCAAGACAAAAAUCACAAAGUCCUUUAGAUCCUGCAGGUCAAAAUGAACCCAUUCAACGUGAUAUUGUGUUUUUACUGGAUUCCUCUGAUAAAAUGCAGAAAACCUUCAAUGCUGUUCUUGGCUUUGUUGGAAGAAUCAUGGAGACACUCAGUGUGGACAAAAACAAAGAUCGUGUUUCAGUAGUGCAGUACAGCAGAGAACCUUCUGUUGAUUUUCUCCUAAAUACAUACAACACAAAGCAAGAUGUUGCUGACAGUUUGCGAAGGUUGAGGCAUAAAGGAGGUGAACCCCUCAAUACUGGUGCAGCCCUGCAGUAUGUCAAGGAUAAUGUUUUAACAGCUUCCUCUGGAAGUAGGCACCAGCAAGGUGUCCCCCAGAUUUUGAUUCUUUUAAUUGGUGGACGUUCCAGUGAUGAUGUCAGAAAUGCUGCUGAAAACUUGAAUGAAAUGGGUGUAACAACUUUUGUGGUUGGAAUAGAUCAUGCAGACACCCUUGAGAUUCAGUCUAUUGCACAAAAAUCAGACCGUGCUUUCCAUGCAGCAGAUAUCAAUAAUCUAUCAGAUAUUGAACAACUAAUCAUUUCUACCAUGAAGGAGAUUAAAAACCCUGCCAUCAAACCACCAUCGCACGAUCCCAACGGAAGAGACAUUGUUUUUUUGCUUGAUGGUUCUGAUGAUUCUCAGCAAAAAUUCCCAGAUAUUAUUGACUUUGUAAAGAGGAUAACAAAGCAUCUAAACGUCGAUAUAAACAAAGAUCGCAUGGCUGUGGUCCAGUACAGUGACACUGCAGAGAUUAAUUUUAACUUGAGUCGUUAUUCAACAAAGAAUGAUAUUCUUAAAGCAGUAAAUGGUCUGAGACACAAAGGGGGUUAUCCUCACAACAUUGGAGCUGCUCUCCAGUACUUGAAGGAACAUGUAUAUACCCCUAUGUCUGGUAGUAGACGUCAGGAGGGAAUUCCACAGAUACUCAUACUACUGAUUGGUGGACGAUCUGCAGAUGACAUAAGAACCCCAGCCAGAAUGAUGAAGCAAAUUGGUGCCAUUUCAGUUGUAAUUGGGACAUCUGAUGCUGACACUCUAGAGCUACAGACAAUAGCUCAUGAACCCAAGUACGCGCUCCCAGUUGCUGAAUAUGGACAACUUCCUAGUGUUCAGGAAGAUGUGUUGGCAUUGAUAAGAGAGGCUUUGCACCAUGUAGAACAAAUUGCUCCCACAGCAGGUCUCGAUUCUAAGAAAAAUGAUGUAGUGUUUCUCAUUGAUGGAUCAUAUGACUCACUGAAUGGUUUUGAAGAAAUACGAAGCUUUAUUGAAAAAACUGUGGAAAGUUUAAAUUUGGGCAAUGAUAGAGACCAAGUGGCUGUUGUUCAGUACAGUCGUGAUGCCACUGUUAAUUUUUACUUGAAUUCUUAUUCUUCCAAGAAUGAUGUGCUCAAUUCCAUAAGAACAAUGAGACAUAAAUUUGGAAGACCACUGAACAUUGGAAAAGCACUGGAGUUUGUCAGAGACAACGUCUUUUCUGCUUCAGUUGGAGGCAGACGUGCAGACUUGGUCCCUCAGUAUCUGUAUGUUUUUAGUGGUGGAAGAUCUGGAGAUGAUGUCAGAGGACCAGCACAAUCACUCAAAGACAAUGGCAUCAAAACCUUUAGUAUUGGAACGGAGAAUGCUGAUACUUUGGAAAUGCAAACUAUCUCCUAUACACCAGCACAUUAUUUUUAUGUCACAAACUAUAAUAAUCUACAAAGCUUAGAUCCAUCAGUGGAAGCCAUGUUGAGGGGCACUAAAGAAACAACUGAAUUUUCAACUAUUGAUACAUCUGUGACAGCAGAAACAGGAUUCCAGAGUGCUGAUAUUGUUUUUCUUCUUGAUGGAUCUGAUGAUAUGCAACCAAGUGAACAACAAGCUUUGGAAUUUGUCAGAGAGUUUGUCAAGCAAAUAGAAAUUGGGCCAAGAAAAGCACAAGUUGCUUUAAUCCAGUACAGCACAGAGCCCACAACUGAGUUUCUUCUAAACAAAUACUUAAUGAAAGAUGAUAUCAUUAAUCAUUUGGACAACAUGAAACUGAAAGGAGGGUCCACUGUGAACAUUGGUGUAGCCCUUGAUUAUGUGAAAAAUAAUGUCUUCACUGCUUCAUCUGGAAGCAGAGCACUGCAUGCAGUCCCACAGAUACUGAUACUCUUCAGUGGAAGAAAUUCAAAUGAUGAAAUCUUAGGUCCAUUAGAAAGGCUCCGAAAUGUGGGAAUUGUUCUUUUUGGCAUUGGUGUGAAUAAUGCUGAUAGGUUUGAGAUGGAACAAUUAGCUCCUACAGCAAUGUAUUUUAUAAAGAAUACUUCUGACUUUCCUCAUGUGAGAGAGCAGUUGCUGUCUGUCAUAUCCUCUCUCAAAAGUACUAUCACACCUCAUGUGGGUUCAAGCUCCAGCAUAAAACGAAAUAUUGUAUUUCUCAUUGAUGGAUCUGAUGAUGUCAGGAUGAGUUUCAGUGCCAUACGUGAAUUUGUUGCCAAAAUGGUUGCGAGCUUUGACCUGGACCAAAGAAAAGAUAAAGUUGCAGUUGUGCAGUAUAGCAACAAUGCUGAACUUAACUUUAAUCUGGAUACUUACAAAACAAAAGCUGAUGUCCUAAAGCACAUUACAAGUCUUAAACCCAAAGGUGGAAGGCCACAGUAUAUUGGGGCAGGACUGCAAUUUGUGAAGGAUAAUGUCUUUGUUCUAAAUGCUGGAAGUCGACAAGAUGAAGGAGUCAAACAAAUACUUAUUGUAUUGGCUGGUGGAAGAUCAAGAGAUUCUCCAAGAGGACCAGCAAGUAUGCUUAAAACAGCAGGUGUCACUACAUUUGCAAUUGGAUCAAGAAUGUCCAAUUCAGCUGAGAUGGAAAUGAUUUCAUCAAACCCAAAUUUCAAAUACUCAGUCCCAGACUUUGUAAAUCUGCCUCGAAUUCAGGAAAGUUUGAAGAGUCACUUUACUAAAAUGGCAGUUGAAGGGGAAACAAUGGGAGGUAAGAAUUUAAAUGAGUUGUCAAAUUUAAUACGUUAAUUUUAAUAUGUAGAUUUUAUUCAAGUGAAUUAGAGGUGAGUAAAAAUUAAUCAGCAACUGUAUUUCUAAUUAAAGAAGAAAAAAAGAAAACAAUGAGUGUGAGUUGAAUAAAUGGCUUUAUGUUGAAGAACAUUUGACAGGCCAAGAUAAACAUGUUGAAAACUUUAUAUCCCUUAGUGGUCAGACAGCCAGCAGGAAGGGAUGUGGUGUUUUUGCUGGA